AUGGCCGCUCCGAAAUUGUUUGCGCUCGAAAUCGCCGAGUACGGUGAUGAAGAACUGGAUCGAUACCUAGAAGAAAACGGAAGGGACCGAGUGCAUAGCGCGGACGACAGAUCACGUUCUGUCGAUCUCGAUGAAGUUUCGGCGCGACUUCUACAAGCAUCUGCCCAGAGGCAGUCAUCCCCCAAGAAGCAUACGCCCAUCGAACAGCGAGCCCGUCGCUAUGGUGUCUCGAUAGAGGCGUUUGAGUUACUUUUUGCCCAUCAAAGUAGCUCCCAAGACCCGUCAACUCCAACCUCAUCCGAAGAACCGGAAGAUCCAUACCUCCAGGAUCUGCGUUACGAAAGGGAGGAUUAUGACGAACUUGUUAAGGAUGGCGGGCGACCUUGGUAUCCGAUCCAUCGUCUUGAGGAGAUCUCUAGGAACCCAAAAGGGCAUCGCGAGCUCCUGCGCUACUGGCAAGGGGCGAUAGGUGGAAACCCUGAUGAAUGGAUAGUGUUUGGGGCACAAGUGCUACGAUGGCGGAAUUUCCGCGAGUGGCAGGUGAACGUAAGGAAGCAUAGUAAAGGGCCCAUUGCCGAACACACCGAGUGGGCGAGGAGAUUCCUCCUCAAACGACAUUCAUACACAGCACCACCUGAGUUCGCGUUCGAGGAGGACCCAAAGCGACAGGACCAGCUGACAACGUGGAUCGAGUAUCUGGCCUACGAAUCCAACUUCAGCGCAAAGAGGUUCGAAUGGCACCGGCGUCGCGCGAGGUGGUACGACGAUCAGUGGAAAAAGCUCGUGGACUCCGGGGUAUUGAGACCGCAUGAGACGGAGGAGUUCAUAUGCAGCCCGGACCCCGCCUUUCAGCGUACAUCCGAAAGGAUCCAGGCCGAGAAAGCCGUGGAAUCGGCACGACAAGCCAUACCAUUGGCGGAGCAAGCUGUCAGCAAAUCAUCAUGCCCUUCUCCCCUCGUACGACAAAGAUUAGAGGCCGCCCAAUCCAAGCUAGACUCGGCCGUGCAAUCGUUGGAAUCGAUCAGAAGACGGAAUCAAUCCAUCUCCGAAUUUCUCGGGAACACUCGAAGCUACAGACAUGCCAAGCAUAAUGCAGAGCGCCAUGCCAUAUUGCUGCAGUGGGUCAAGGAGCAAGUCUCCUUAAUCGAGGUUGAGCUAGAGCAGGACAAGGUAGCCGAAAGCAACUCAGAAACCAGAAGCGGCGAGAGCCAAGGCACCAAGCGUGUCAGAGCCGACGAAGACACAGAGGGACGUGGCAACAAAAGGCAGAAGCAUCAUGAUGAGGAACGCAAGGUUCCUCGCACCCGAGGCCAGACCCUAAAGCGUACUGAGGACGAUGUCUCGGUGGGUCACGGAGCGCCUUCAAAGCGCCCCAAACCUGACUCCCCUGCCGUUGUCCGGCAACUUCGUCGCAGCCUUCGACAAACCGUCCACCGCUCCGAAAGCAAAGUCAACGCUCCGGGAAGCUCCACAAACAUCGUCGAGCCAUCUGCGGUCACUGGGCCGCUUCGUCGCAGCGCUCGCAUUGCCAAUCGUCAGAGCCGUUCCGGCAUCACGACUGCGCCACCGCGCAGUGCUAGGGGCUCACACCAAGGACCGUGCCGGACAGCAGGGCCACCAAUCAAGGCCUCCCGUGCUGUCAAAGGGAAGGGUAGAAAUAAGUGA